AAGAAAUAAUUUAUUUGAUGUAAAUUGGAAACAGUAAUUUAUAUACCGAAGCCACUUAUCUAUUAUUAAUCUUUUCAAUCUUCAACGAAUGGAACCUAAAAUAAUUUGUUUGAAUGAAAAUGCGUCCUACAGUGAAUUCGGAUGAAUCUAUAAAUACAGAUCGAUCCGCACACGUUGGCUGGUACACCGAUCAUUCAUCACGACGUCCUAAGGAACAAAUAUCUGCUUCGAAAAAUGCACAAACGGAAUACGAAACGCAUUUAUCGCAAAAUGCUGCGUAUUCCUCAACGUAUGGAUCUAGUACAACGCCAUCAGAUCAGCAUACCGAGAAUCGUGAAAGGCGUGUCAACAAUCCAAAGGAAGAUCAGCGAGACAUAACGAGAAAUCCCGAGGAAACGGAGCAAACACAUAAGAGUGUUGAUACGCGCGACAUCAAUUUGCCACGCAGACGCCGGUCGAAAUCCUGCGUUAAACUGCGUUUAUGGUGUCUGAGAUUGUGCCGCGCGAAGAAAAGAUGUUCCCGACGCGUUUUGAGAAAGCCGAGACGGCUUCUCGAACGAAUAAAGACACGAAGUAAGGAGAAGUGCGAGAAGCCCGACGAUGUGGUGGCGGUUGCUGGUGUAUCAACUAUGCCGCAUCGAGAAUCGAUAAGGUAUCGAGAUGUCCCAAAGAAGUCUGAGAGAACUCGUAAACAAGAUGAGGCGGUGGAGAUUGCAGAUAAGGACGUCUCCGAGGACAUCAUCAAGAAGGAAAGAGGGGAGAGAAAAAAAAGGGAAAAAGAAGAGAGGAAAAGGAAAGUAAGGACAGAUAAGGAGGAGAGAAGGAAAGUAAUAAUGGAAGAAGAGGAGAGGAAAGAGAUCCAUAAACUCGAUGAGCAUGUUCCGCAAGCCGUGGACACACGUCUGGUGACGCACGACGAUGACCUCGUCGUUGAGGAACGGGUUCCCGUGAAACCGCCAUCGAUCGUGGACGACUUCGCAAAGAGCUGCUGCUACUUGUGCGCCCAGAACACGCUGGCGAUCGCGGCCGCCACUGCGAUCUCCAAGCCGGAGCAGUCCGACAAGUGCGUCCAAGUUUCGGCUCAUAAAUUUCGCGUAGAGACGUUCCCGGCGCUCGAUAAGAGCUGCAGCCCGUUGCUACUGGUGCGCACCGUGCAGUCGUCCGUCAAAGUGAGGACACGGGAGACCAGCACACUCUGCCUCGGCACGAGCGCGGUGCCGCGUGCGAAAAAGCACAAGAAGUUUGCCAUGUUUCCAGGGUUGACGCGAACGAAGUGCCCGGCGGGACGGCACGCCGCCUGCGAGACUGAUAAGUCGACCGCCAGGCGAGACGAUAAUGCGGAAAAACGUCAGCCGAGGAACGAGAGGUGUUGCGGGAAGAAGAACGCCUGACACGUCGCGAAUUUUGUCAAACUUUUACCCGGACUAAUUAACGUUUGAUUACUCGGCGGAAAGAAUAAUUAUAUGCAUCGUGAACCCAUUAACGCUAGAAGUACCAACGUUUCUUACUUCCUC